AUGAUGUAUAAACCACCUGAACCCAACCCCACGGUAGACAACAAGUUUCGAGUGUUCGCAACAUCAGUGUACUCCGUUUUGGAGCGUUUCUCGAUAAAACACGUAAAUUUCAAUCUCUCUGCCGCGCAACGCCGAGGCCUACGUGAGAUUCGCAGUCUUAUUACAGCUGGAGAGAUCAAGGUCUCCGUUAGUGAGAAUGGAGGCGAAUUUGUUGUUCUAUCACGUGAACUAGACAAGGCGAUAACGAGACAACAUCUUGAGGAUGACAGUCUAUAUGUCCCAUCCUCCGCCAAUGAGUUCAGAAAGCAAUGUCGCCGCCUAAACAGGGUUUGGGUAGAAACAGCUGGAACAGCAGGGCUCCCAAAAAACUUUAUUACGCGUCUCAAGAACGACUUACCUGCAUGUUCAGUCCUAUACACGCUAAUCAAAACUCGCAAGCUCUCUGAAAAUGGCCUCACUUCGAACGAUCCACGUGACUUUAAAGUGAGACCUAUCAUUAGUGGUAUCGGAGGCCCCACGGAUAGGAUUUCCUGGCUGCUCAACAUAAUCCUAAAUCAGCUGCUCAAAUAUGUCCCUGCCCACCUCAGCAGUUCUAGCAACUUCCUAAAACAUCUCCGCAGUACCUCGUUUGAGAGUGAAUGUGUAGUAGAGACCUUUGACGUUACGUCACUCUAUACGAACGUUUCAAACGAUGUAGCGAUGCAGGCUGUUAACGAACUGCUCACACAGCGCCAGGCUUUAUUGAACAUGUAUGGAUAA